GUCCGAAGGCGAAAGUUGCGGGCUGUGGGGAUCUUGAACUUCAGGUAUCAGCUUUGAAAGACGGUUGGACUGUCCCGAUACAAAACACACCAUUUACCGACGCUGCCACAUGCGACUAUGUGUUGACUGCCACAGAAGGGAAGAAGAUAAAACUGGUAUUUACAGAGUUCAAAGUCGGAGAACAGUCGUCAGAUUGUCCGAACGAUUAUGUACAAGUUGGUAACAGUGCGGAGUUCACCAAGGACAACUACAAGAAAUGCGGACAGUCUGUGAGUGAGCAGCCACCUGUCUCGAAAUCGAACAAAUUGUAUGUGAAACUUGUCGCGGGGAAAACGAACGCUGCAAACAUCAGAUUCGUUGCCUCUGUGACAGAAGUCAGCACGGAAACUAUUCGCAAUCCGGGUUGUGGUGAUUCCCAACUGGAAGUCUCCUCAUUGAAAGACGGUUGGACUGUCCCGAUACAAAACACACCAUUUACCGACGCUGCCACAUGCGACUAUGUGUUGACUGCCACAGAAGGGAAGAAGAUAAAACUGGUAUUUACAGAGUUCAAAGUCGGAGAACAGUCGUCAGAUUGUCCGAACGAUUAUGUACAAGUUGGUAACAGUGCGGAGUUCACCAAGGACAACUACAAGAAAUGCGGACAGUCUGUGAGUGAGCAACCACCUGUCUCAGAAUCGAACAAAUUGUAUGUGAAACUGGUCGCGGUGAAAGCGAACGCUGCAAACAUCAAAUUCGUAGCUACCGUUUCAGAGGGUGAGUCGGAUAGUCCGUCCGUUCGAUUCUGCAUAAUCUCAUUCCGGUGGAAUAUUUGGUGA